AGUCAAUUCGCUAUAGAGGGCACAGUAAUGGAUAUUAUAAAACAUUCUAAAAGCCAUCCUGCCCCCUCUGGCACCGAUGGUGUUAACUGUUAAUGAUACUCGAUCAGUGUGUUGUUGGCUGAGGUUUAUCAGCCAGGGCGGCAGGAUGAUCGGGGCCGGCUUUGUAGCUCCACGAGCAGCUGUUUUGCAGCUAAUACCCCGCCUCGUGUGCAGCCGCAGCAUGGCCGUGUCCCUGCAGGUGUCCCCCGGCCGUUGUCUCUUCGAUGAGCCGCUGCAGGUGAAGGUGACCGGUCUGAGCCCCGGGCAGGAGGUCACCCUCCAGGCCGCGCUGACUGACGAAGGCGGGGAGACCUUCACCUCUGUGGGCCGCUACCGGGCAGGGAGCAGCGGGGAGCUGGAGCUGAGCCGAUCCCCGGCCCUGGACGGUGGCAGCUUCACCGGUAUAGAGCCCGAGGGGCUCCUGUGGGCCAUGGAGCCCCAGACUCCCUUCAGGAGGCUGCUGAGGAAGGACGUGCAGAGCCCGCAGCGCGUAGACUUCGCGCUAUACGAGAGUCACGAGCCGCGGGGAAAGCUGCUGGCCACGGCCGCCCAGGAAAGGAGCUUCAUGGGGGAGGGAGUGAGCCGCAUCCCAGUGAGGGAGGGCAGGGUCCGGGCCAGCCUCUUCCUGCCACCAGGACCUGGCCCAUUUCCUGCCAUAAUUGACCUAUAUGGAACUGGAGGAGGACUCAUGGAGCAUAGAGCCAGCCUCCUAGCCAGCAGAGGAUUCCUGACUAUGGCAUUGGCCUAUUUUGAUUAUGAUGAUCUCCCCAAAGACCUUGGUGGCCUCCACUUGGGAUACUUUAGGGAAGCAGUACAGGUUUUUAGUCGUCACCCAAAGGUCAACAACCAAGAGAUUGGCCUUAUAGGCAUCUCAAAGGGUGCUGAUUUAGCACUUACCAUGGCCACAUUCCUCCCUGGCAUCAAGGCUGUUGUCAGUAUCUCAGGCUGCAAUGCCAACACCUUUGCUCCUUUGCCAUGUGAUGGCUUCACCCUGCCCGGCCUGGCAUUUAGCACAGAGAAGAUUAAGUUUACAGACUUUGGGGCCAUGGAUUUUUCAGAUGCCAUGGAUGAUCCAGUGGAUCCUACAUAUCAAGAAUGUCUUAUCCCAGCUGAAAAAUCCCAUGCUUCUUUCCUCAUUCUCAGUGGAUCUGAUGACAAGAAUUGGCAAAGUGCACUUUAUAGUGAGCAGCUAGUAACACGCCUUAAAGAACAUGGAAAGAAUGCAGAGUAUCAUUGCUACCCUGGUGCUGGUCACCUGCUAGAGCCUCCGUACUUUCCAUUGUGUCGUGCCUCUUAUCACAAGCUCUUGGGCUUGCCAUUUUUAUGGGGUGGGCAGCUUGUGGGGCAUGCCAGGGCACAAGAGGCUGCAUGGCAGAAAAUCCAGAGCUUUUUUAGGAAGCAUUUAACACAAUAUAAUCCAAUACAAAGCCAUUUGUAGAAGACUUCCAUCUUAAAAGAAAGAUGAUUACACCUCAUAAACAUUCACUCAAGAUUUGUAGAAAGAUUUCCUUUCCAACAACGUGAACAUUCUCAGCUUCUCACACCGAUACAAAGUAACCUAAUAGGGUAGGCCAGCUGGCCAUUGGUACCAUUGUUGAAGAAGCUGUUAUCUAGGUGGCUUCUAGGGCUGCAACUAACGAUUUUUUUCAUAAUCAAUUAGUUGGCCGAUUAUUUUUUCGAUUAAUCGGAUAAAAAAAUAAAUGUCAAUUUUUCAUUUAUUUAAAAUAACUGGAUGUUAAAAACAAACGGCAGAAAAAAAAACUUUGAUAAAAA